UCAAGCCAAGAUCACAAAGCUUCAUCACCUCCACAGACUGAAGACGUUUGUUAGCGCUCUCAUACACCAGUUGAUUUGGGCCUAAGUGUCUCUCGCUCUCUCUCUCCCUCUCUCUCUCUCUCUCUCUCUCUGGAGGCUCCCAGCCUUGACUGUAUCUCCUGACCGUCUGACCAUCACCAUCCCCUCCCCGGCCCCCCCCCACCAUGAUCGACGCUGCGGCUGACCUGCCCUUCUUCUAUGGCAGCAUCAGCCGCUCAGAGGCGGAGCAGCACCUGAAGCUGGCCGGCAUGGGCGAUGGCCUGUUCCUGCUGCGGCAGUGCCUGCGCAGCCUGGGCGGCUACGUGCUCUCAAUUGUGUGGAACCUGGAGUUCUACCACUACCCUGUGGAGAAGCAGCUGAACGGAACAUACUGUAUCUCAGGAGGGAAACCGCACUGCGGCCCUGCGGAACUCUGCGAGUACUACAGUAAAGAUGCAGAUGGCCUGGUCUGCACGCUAAGGAAGCCCUGCCUCCGUGCCGCAGACAUGUCCAUCAAACCCGGAGUCUUCGACAGUCUGAGGGAGAACAUGCUCAGAGAGUACGUCAGACACACCUGGAACCUGGAGGGCGAGGCCAUGGAGCAGGCCAUCAUCAGCCAGGCUCCUCAGCUGGAGAAGCUUAUAGCCACCACGGCCCAUGAGAAGAUGCCCUGGUACCACAGCAAAAUCCCGCGGCAGGAGGGCGAGAGGCGACUGUACACCGGUUCUCAGCCAGACGGCAAGUUUCUGGUGAGAGAACGAGAUGAAUCGGGCACCUUCGCUCUCUCGGUGAUGUAUGGAAAAACGGUGUACCACUACCAGAUCCUGCACGAUAAGUCGGGGAAAUACUCCAUGCCAGAAGGAACCAAAUUUGACACAGUGUGGCAGUUGGUUGAGUAUUUGAAGAUGAAGCCAGAUGGCCUUGUCACGUUACUGCGAGAGCCCUGCAUAAACCAGAACAACUCAAACCUGACUCCAGCAGUGCCGGCAGGAAGGAGGGCGAGAGGAAACGGCUACACACCGCCCCCUGAAGUUCCUGGAGCAUGUAUAACCUUGUCCAACCUCCCUCCCGGGAGGAAUCUGCCGAUGGACAGUGAUGAGUUUGUCAGCCCGUACGCUGACCCGAAAGAGCUCCAAGAGAAGACGCUCUUCAUCAAGCGCGAGAAGCUGAUGGUGGACGAAGUGGAGCUUGGGUCAGGCAACUUCGGCUGUGUGAAGAAAGGAGUGUAUAAGAUGAAGAGUAAGCACAUAGAUGUGGCCAUUAAGGUUCUGAAGAGUGAGAAUGAGAAGUCGGUCAAGGAUGAGAUGAUGCGCGAGGCUGAGAUCAUGCACCAGCUGGAUAAUCCCUACAUUGUGCGCAUGAUUGGACUGUGCCAGGCUGAGGCGCUGAUGCUGGUCAUGGAAAUGGCCUCUGCUGGACCACUCAACAAGUUCCUCUCCUCCAAGAAAGAUCAGGUGCCAGUGGAUAACGUGGUGGAGCUGAUGCACCAGGUGUCGCUGGGGAUGAAGUAUUUGGAGGAGAAGAAUUUUGUGCAUAGAGACUUAGCGGCUCGUAAUGUGCUGCUGGUGAACCAACAUUAUGCCAAGAUCAGCGACUUCGGCCUGUCUAAGGCUCUGGGAGCAGAUGACAACUAUUACAAGGCUCGUACAUUAGGAAAAUGGCCUCUGAAGUGGUACGCUCCAGAGUGCAUCAACUUCCACAAGUUCUCCAGUAAAGGCGAUGUUUGGAGUUUCGGGGUCACCAUGUGGGAAGCCUUCUCUUAUGGAGGAAAGCCUUACAAGAAAAUGAAAGGCCCAGAGGUGAUCAGCUUCAUUCAGAAUGGCAGCCGCAUGGACAGUCCACCUGGCUGCCCGGAGCCCAUGUAUGAGCUGAUGAAAGACUGCUGGACAUACAAGUAUGAAGAGAGGCCAGGCUUUGCGAAGGUGGAGGAGAAAAUGAGGACCUACUAUUACUCCAUUUCUAAGAAGGCUGCCACUGAGGCAAAUGGAGAAACCGUGAAAGCUGAUGAUUAGCACAUCUCAGGGCCCUCAGUGCCAGCCCUGACUGCACCGUUCAGUGCUUUUCAUGCUCAUGAAGGAAUUUAUAACAGCCCGUGUGGAGCUUAUGUAUAUUAGAAAAGGGACGUGCAGUGCAGGAAUGGGAUUGGGAUCCAUUGCCUUAGACUGUGGCCUCCCGCAGGACCUGCUGUGCUGAAAUAUUCCAAGCAAAAGCUGAUGACUUUUGUUUUUAGAAAAAUAAGGGCUAUUUCUGUCACAUCCUGUUUGACAUAGUGAUGCAAGUUAAGCAGUCUUUGUUUUCCUUUUUGAGAAUGAACGCCUAGCGCUUGCUUUUACGUGUCAUUGCCACUUCAUGUUUUCCAAAAGUAUUCAAACGAUGAUGGCAGACAGUCUGAGCUAAACAUCAGAGAGGAAAUUCUGAAUGUUACUUUUGUACUGCUGAUUGGCAGCCAAGAAAAAAACGCCCUCUCGAUUCACUCCAAGAAAUUAAUCUGGUUGAAGAAUGAGGUCAUAUUUUAAAAAACUCAUCAAUGUUUUCACAUUCAGAGUUCUCUCUGAAUACACUCUAUAAUUUAAUGCUUCGGAGUGGAUUCAUGUCGUACUUUUUGUUGGAUGUUCUCAUGUUUACGUGUAAUAAACCAUGCAAAAACAA